CGUGGCCCGAGGUCAGGCUAGUUCGGCUGUGGCUGUUGGCCGUUGGUUGUCUUUCUAUCACCGGAUCGCUGCCGCCGUCGGCAAACGUCAAGUAUCGCGUCCGUUCGAAUUGCACCCAUCAACGAUUGUCGUUCGAGUCCGAGUCGAUUUGCCGAAUCGUGCAUACUUUCGUCCAUCAGCUAUCAGCUAUCGAUCGUCGUGCUCAUUGCGGUCAUUUUUCGACAAAAUUUGAUAGUUUUUGAUUCGGGUUUUUUUUUUUUUUUCAACGGUCAUCUACGUACUUUUUAUUGUGCAUCGCGCAAUCGAAACGUCCAAGUCUGCGUAUACGCGUAAUGUAACUAAAUACAAAUACAAUUAUGUAUGUCGAUGGCAUGGACAGAAUGUUGUACGAUUAUUUGACAACAAAUAGGAGUAGUCUGAAUAAAAACCUAUUUAGUCAGAAAGAGACCGGCUAUUCGAGUCACAGCAUCAUUCAAUGCAUGGAGAAUUUCGUCGAAGCGGUGCACGAAAUGGACGAUACCAUAUUGGUACCCAGUCGGCUGAUGGAUUUGAAGGUAGAGAACGUGGCGACGACCAAGACGAGCUCGCAAUCGCACGCCAACUGCAACGGCUACGCCAACGACCACCACCACAACAGCGGCAGCGACUACAAGUCGUCUUCGCUGGUCGCCAUUCUGACCAAUUUACCCGAUCUGUUUACUUUGUACACGAUGGUGCGUAAUCUGAAGAAUCAGCUGCAAUGGGGCAUGAAAGAUCAGCCACGUGCCGGCGCCGGCGACUCAGCCGAUGAGGAUUGUAUCAGCCAGCACAGCGGCAAUGGCAUCGGCGGCUGCUACGUCACAGUCAACCCCAUAAUUACGUCUAGCGUUUUCUUGAAUGCGCCGCUCUUAACCUCGGUCAAAGGUCACAUACGCAGGCCAUCCACCGCAUCAGUAUCCUCAACCAAUUCGUCGGCCGCGUCCGUAAUCAGCGAUCCGGAUUCCGAGGCUAGUAUGGAGAACGAUAGCGGAAUCGAUGCCGAAUUGGACGCCUGCACCAAGAUGUCCACUUUAGAAAUAAUCGAACACAAUUUUCAAAGGCAUCUACGCGGUUUAGGAGAUACGCUCAAUCAGCUCACCGAAGCGGCUCGUUACGUUACCAAAAGAUACCAGAAAGAUGUGUUGGGCGCCGAAUGACCGAGUCACACCGGACAUCGCUCGUCGCGCCGCCGUCAUUAAAAGCUUCGCGCAUGCGCUUUUCCCAUAAUCUGCAACUUCUGUAAUGUUGUUUUCAAUUUUCUUUCUUUCUUUCUUUAUUUCUUUCUCUUUUUUUUUUUUUCUUUUAAAAUAUUAUAGGUGUUAGCGAAUUCUUUCAAUUCCUAUUAAAUGUACGUAAGUUAUUUAUUUUUACCGCAGCUUUAAUGUUUUAAAUUCUGCCCUUUUUCUUCUUUUCCUUAUAUUCGUUCAUUUUCCUUUCCUCGAUUUUUCCCCCAUUUUCCUAUUUUUUCCCCUCUGUCUCUCACUCCUCUUUCCUUUCAUCCAUUCAUUUCUUUCUUUCUUUCUUUCUUUCUUUUUGUCCGUAUCGGUACUUUUUUAUGAUUACCUCUCAUUUCUUUUGAAUACAUUUAAAAAGCUGAUUAGCACGUAUUCGAAAUCGAAAGCAUCGAGGUACGUCUCGCAGCUUCUAAUCAAAGUGUCCAGCAAUAGCAGGCAUCCCAAUGAUAUUUUUCAAAAAAAAAAAAAAAUCAACUUUGGUAACCCUUUCUCACCAAAAAUUUCUAGUACAUACUGCAAAUAUGUUCAUCAAUAUUCGUGCACGAAAAUUUAAAGUAAAAAAUCAACAGGGGAGGGGGUACAGACUUUUAUGACAUUUUAAAUUAUUCGACAUUUUUGUUUCCAACUCUCCCCUUGAAAAAAUUUGUUCGAACCACAUUUGGAAAAAUAUUGAAAAGGGGAGGAUCUGGGGUAAAAAGUGGAGAAAAUCUGGCAGAAAAAAUCCGGAAAAUAUCAGUCUGCCCCUGCCCCCCCCCCCUCGACACAUCACUUCGUCACGCCUCUGAUUGAAUCAUUCUAUGUAUUCAUUUAGGAAUACAAUAUUAUUUCAAGAAGACCUGAAAAUGUUCUAAAAUAUUUCAUUUGGUACAUAAUUCAAUAAAAAUAUAACCUACUAUUUUUUUUUUUUUUUUUUUUUAAACAAGUGAUUAUUUGAAAUUUUUGCAUUUUUUUUCCAAUUUACAGUAAAAAAUCAAAAAAAAAAAUGAACCUUCUGGUAAAAAGAGUAACAAAAAGUGAUUUCUUCUGAAAAUAUCAACAAAAUAUAACCAAGGGUGAAAAAAGUAACCAAAUUGGGACAUGUCUGAAAUACCAAGACUGAAUUAUUAUAAUAAUUAUAACGGUUUUAGUCAGUGCAGUGUAGCCUAUAUACGAAUUUUUUUAUGUAUACGCGUUUCCUUUUUUUUUUGUUUUUCUCCCUUUCUUUUCGAAUCAAGUCAUCGAAGAUCUCGAAAUUAUCCACUAAAAAAAAUAUAAUAAAAAUUGAAAAUCUAAAAAAUUUUAAAAAAAAUGCAUCUUUUAGCUAAACGCAGUUAGUUACUUAGUAUAAUCGAGUUUUUUUUUUCUAUUGAAACCAUUAGAUAUGUGUUACUUAGCGAUAUUAUUUUCUAUGAAUAUGUAUAACUUUUUGUUAUAACUAGUUCGAUGAGUAUCUCUAUCUUUAAGCUUUUCAGCUUUUUACUUGUAUAUCAUGGUUCAAAUGUGAUAUUUCAUUGACGUUUUUUUUUUUUUUUUGACUUGGUCAAGUAAUUUUUAAGGUAAACUUACGAGUUUUUUUUUCAUAUGUUUACUAAGUACAUGUUAGGGUAUUUUGUAUACAUUUUACGGUUCCGAGUAAGCGAAUAUUUUACUCUAAUUUUCCCCUGCCAACAUACGAAGUAGGUAAUCUUCUCGACUGAUCCGAAUCACCGCGUUCGUGGGGAAUAAUGAUGGAUGUCCUGCGUCAGUAUUAUACUAUAAUUGCCAAAAAUUCCAUUCGGUAAAAUAUUCGCUUUGGGAAUUACCUAAUAGAUAUAUAUUUCAAUCGCGACGAAACCAUUUUUCGAUGAAGACUUAUUCAUUUUUACUUUUUUUUUUUUUUUCUGUAAUUUGUUUCGUCGUCGUCGUCAUCAUCAUCAUCAUCAUCAUCAGUCUGAUCGUCAUUGUGUGAUUUGAUCAAACGAAGCCCAAUUUAUUUGGAAAAAAUUCGCGUAUCUUGGCGGCGUCGUUGUCGUGUCGUGUUUUUAAAUAGCCAAUUAUGUUUUUGUUAGGAAUGUGACGGUGGUCACAUGGUUGGUAUGUCGCGAUGCAACCAAUAGAUAGCCUAUGGCCCUAUACCACGUAUACCUGCUACUAAACAAUUUUAUACACAGGUAGUUUAGGUAUUAGGUACUCGGUUGUUAAAUUAUCCGGUGAAUUAUCCGUUAUCCGAGCUCGGCAUUUAUCCGAUUUCGUUGUGCGUGCAAUUGUCGCAAUUUAGCUACUAGCUUAGCUUGGCUUGGCAAAAAAAAAAAAAAAAUGAAAUGUAGUCGUCUAUACGUGUAUUGGCACCGGUCUUGAAAAAAAAAAAUGGCGGGGCGACGUGUGUGAAAAAAUAUUUAUUUUCGUGGCAAAUGAGUGACCUAACUUUACACCUUGAAAAUGAUAUUUGCGAAAAUGAAUUUACAUACGUUUUAAUCGCGACGAAAUCGUUUCGAUCAGACGUCGAUCGAAUAUUUUCAUCUAGAAAGUAGCCUUUAUUUUUUUUUUUUGGCGAUAAAUCCAUUCGCAAUCUACAGUUAUUUCGAAUAGUAAGCUGCGAAAAUCUAUUUAUAAUGCACGCGUCGCGCUUAUUCAACCAGUUUGAAUCAUUCGAAGGUUAGAAUUCUAUUCGAGUUUUAUCUCUCUUUUUUCCCCCAUUCCAGAAGUACGAAACUCGGAUGUUCUUUCGUGAAGAUUCGGUUUUGAUUUUAUCGAACAAUUUUCGACUUAUUUUUUCAAAUUUGACCAUCGUUGAAAUUGGCCCUGAUACAAAUGGUCUAGGCUCAAAUCGAAGAUCUCCUGGUACUGUAUCCGUAUUCAUCUUGAUUUGCGACACGACGAUCGACUUUAUUGUGUUAUUUCUCUGGUCCUUUCCUAACUUUAAUUCUAUUACUUUUACGUAGGUAUACGAGUAUGUUAAUUGUGUUCUUUCUUUUCUAUAUUUCGGUGGUUUUCAAAUUAUUUAAAUUGAUCGACUCGACUCGACGCGACGAUGGUAGAUCUUCGUCGAUUAUACCGUGGUUUUUUGGUCGGUUUGUAGAGAAAUUUUUUUUUGCAAUUUCAUUUUGCGCAAGGGUAUCGUACAUAGAGAUCGAUGUAGUAUUUGGUUACGAUUGAUUGACGACUGGCGACUGCUACACGUAUAUCCAUGACCGAAAGGUGUAAAAAGAUCUGCGAAGCGUUAAACGCCGAGUUUUCUUUUUCUAGCUAGUUGUUACCUUAAAUUUUUUUCGAAGAAAUUACACGCGCGUUUGAUACGCUCGAACUGUGUCCAGUAGUGCUAUCUAUAUCGCCUUGAGGCUUGAGGUUGAGAGUUGAUUCGAGUGUAUAGACUGAACGAUUGAUAAUAUCGAGGCGCCCAAUUCGCCAAUCGCAAUCGGUUAUUACGCGUAGGCUAAUUACGAUUAUGAACAUGUGCUCGUCUUCGUACAACGAACGACGCGUAUUGUGAUUUUUUUUAAUUACCGAAAAAAGUUUAUAUUUCGGAAUUGUGUUUCUGAAAUCAAAAACUAUAGGUAUACGCUCUACCCGUACCAUUUUUUAUUUUCUUUUAUUUACUUUCUUUUUUUUUUGUACGCUACCUGUACUUACGCGAGUUACGAUUACUUUGUAGUAGCUACUAGCUAUAGUACCUAGUAAGUGUUGGUAUUGUAAUCAAUUCAUGUGCAAUUCGAUAUUGAUAUUAUGGAAAAUAAAAAUUGUACCUACAUAA